UACAGUCUUUGCACAAGUUUGCUAUCCUGUUUAGGAAGUUUUGCAGCAGAAGGAGUUUAUAUUUUUGCAUGUAUGGAGUAGAGAAACACAUUGUUCAACUCAUUUUCUUAGCUACUAAGUAUUUACACAUCUCCUCUGAAAUAUAAAUGAAGUUUUCUCAACUUUGAGUUUGGUAGUAUUAUCUUUUUGUGUUCUUAGGUUUAGACAAUGAUCUAGUUUGUUUUAUUACUUCAUCUCAAGGCAGAGAAAACAACAAUGAAGAAGAAGGGGAUGAACAAGCAUAUUAAGAGGUUGGUGACGGCCAUCGUUGUUGUUGAAGUUUUCAGUGUAUCCCUCUUUCUAAUUCCUAAUGAAUAUUUAGGAGAUUUCCUUAAAAGUUAUCGUAAUGGGUUUGAGUUCGGGUUCCAUUCAGCUACUGGUGGCAUAUGUACUCGAGGACGCGAUUCAGAACGUCUAGCUGAUUCUACAUUGCUAAAGGAUGCUGAAGGUGGCAGAUCUACUCCAGUACGUGAUUCAGAAAGUGUAGAUGAUGCUACUACAUUUCCAGAGGAUGAUGAAGGUGUUAUAAGAUUGUUUGAAAGUCAGCCAGAAAUGCAUUCUAACUCAACAGCAAUUGUAGAUUAUGUGAAAGCCUUGGUGAGAGUUGGUAGGCUUGAGGAAAGUGAAUUGUUCAAGACAGUACUAGAAAAAGGUACAUCCAGUGCCUCGACGGAGCAAGAUCCAGAUUAUCUUGGAACUGCUAGGGAUCCUUUUCACAUGGUGAUAGUAGACCAAGGA